UUGUUUGGUGUCGCCAUUCGCAUAGUUUAUUUCCUUAUGCUAUGUUUCUAGGAGAAGAUUCCCGCCGUUUCUGUCUAGCAGAAUACCGCGGGCUUAACUGUCACUGAUGGUCUCUUGUCCCGAGUCAUCAAUUUUCGACACUGAACACUUGCUCAACUAGUGGUUCUGGAAUUCCCGACGGCACCUGAACGCCUAAUCUUGCCAGGGGCGGGUAGGCGCAAACUGGGCAGCAUGGCGGACGAUGGAUUCAGUUGGAGCGGACUAGUUGGCACAAACGGCGGGCAAGGGGCGGCGGACUGGUUAGACACGCUCGGCUUGGGCGGAAUGUUGCUGAAUAUCAGCAUUUUGGUACUGGUAGUGGCGGUUUGUGUAGUAGUGUACCGGCGGUGGGGCAGACGGCUCGUAUCCGACGGGGCCGAGGACGGCGAGGCCCCGAUGCUUACCAAGAUGAGGAGACGGGACUUCACUUUGGAGCAGCUGCAGGAGUACGACGGUGUCCAGAACCCCCGCAUCCUCAUGGCCGUGAACAUGAAAGUUUUUGACGUGACCAGCGGCAGAAAGUUUUACGGAAAAGACGGCCCUUAUGGUAUCUUCGCCGGCCGAGACGCUUCGAGGGGCCUGGCCACCUUCUGCUCAGAGAAGGAGGCCCUGAGGGAUGAGUACGACGACCUGUCAGACCUCACCGCCGUACAGAUGGAGAGCGUGAGGGAGUGGGAGAUGCAGUUCCGGGAAAAAUACGACUACGUCGGGAGGUUGCUGAAGCCUGGAGAGGAGCCGUCGGAGUACACGGACGAGGAGGACAUCAAGGACCACCUGAAGCACGACUGAGCAGUCCCCAUCCCAUGUACCAAAGCCAGAAGCCCCCAAACAGCUGUAACUGACCGCCCCGGACCACCAGACCCCCUCUACGCAUCGUCCCGGCCCCCGUCCAUCCACCGGUCACUGCUCUCUCUAGUCCCUGUCUGUGUACUGAAACUCUGAAUCCGUCUGGUGCUGCAGCUGUUUUGGAAGGGGAAGGAGUAAAGUCUCGACAACCAGACCUCCUCUCUCUCUCUCUUUCUCUCUCUCAUUCUCUCUCACCCGCGUCAUCCUACGAAGAUGAGCGCCAACAGAAAGCCUUUGAGGAGCUUUUGCUUUAUUCUUCGUGUUUUUUUUUGUUGUUUUUUUUUUUUUGUUUUGUUUUUUUAAAUUAGACAGCUGAGACGUCUCUGGGGGGCCGUUAGACGUUAGUCCGAAACCGGCUCGUUUGGAGGUUAGUCGGGAAUUGUCUGGUCUGGGAUAAUCAGUGGAGCGGGGCGGGGGGAGGAAACGCCUCUCUCUCUAUCUUUUAAUCUUUGGUUCAGCCACAUAGCAAACGAAACCGCUUCAGCUUUGAGAGAAGCUCAUCAAUCAAUCACACAACUCAAUUUCUGUUCAGACCAUCUUCCUGCCUGGAUGAGAGGGCAGAUCUGUGGCCUAACCAAGAGCAGUCUGGCAGGCUUUGCGUUUAUCUGUUGUGUUUGUAGUGUAUUCACUACUAGUUUUCUUCGUUUGUCACCAUGUGAUUGUAUUUGUUAAGUAGCAUAUAGAGGGGACAGUGUUCCAGCAGCAUUAUUGUUUUGUUUUUCUUUUCAUAUUUCAUUGCAGGGGCGGGGGUCAAAGGUCUUCGCUACACGAAGCUUGUUUUAAAUCUCAUCAGAUGGACUAAAUCACUGAUUUGGGAGGGGGGCUAAAGGGAAGGUGAUAAGGCAGUCCUAAUCAAUUGACAAAUUGUUUACAUGCCUCACAAGCCAGCUGCAAGUCUGUAGAUUUCCCCUGAAAAUGGUCCAAGUAUUAAUCGUGCCUUAUUUUGUUUGUUGCGUCAGCGCCGACGGGUCUAAGAAGGUAAGCGGAAGGAUGGAAGUGUCCGUUUUUUUUCCCCUUAGACUCAGUCCAACCCCCCCUCAGACAUUAAAGGCAUUUGUUGCGUCAGUCGUCCGUGCAGAGACUGUAAUAUUUCCCCACUUCUCAAACUUUGUACAUAGACCCAAUAAAUUACUCAGUGUUACUGCCAUAUUUAUGUAGUGGAUGAACUCCAUAUACAUAUAAUGCUAUGUCGUAUUGGCCAAAAACCCCCCAUUUACUUUUUUUUUUUUUCUGUAGUUCAUUUUGAAUGUGGGUGAAUUUUUUUCCAAAAAUAAAUCAAGUGAUUCUAAAGGUGUUGCAAAAAUGCUGCAGGAUUGGACCGGGAGCUGUUCUUGCGAGUUUUGUUCGUAGACAUUGCUUAUCCUGUAAAUAUAUCGUAUCGUUUAUUAAAAGCAUGUGCAACAUCAAAGUCAGCUAUGCCGAGGUUUCACCACAUGUAUUUAAAUGUCAGGCGCGUGUGCGAGUGUGUGUGUGUGUGUUUGUGUUCGUGUGAAAGAAGCAGGAAGCGAUUUGUUCAUGCAUAAUAAAUCAAUUUGGUUAAUAAUGGAAAA